AUGGUGAAUCCGAAGUUCAAUAAGCAGCACGGGCAGCACAUACUGAAGAACUUGGGGGUAAUUGACACAAUAAUCGAAAGAGCAAGGAUAAAACCAACGGAUGUUGUGCUGGAGGUAGGCGGAGGUACCGGCAAUCUUACGAUGAAGCUGCUUCAGAAAGCAAAGAAGGUGAUAUGCUAUGAGAUAGAUCCUAGACUAGCAGCAGAGUUAGCAAAAAGAGUAAAUGGCGUUCCUGGGAUGGCUCAGAAGUUUCAAUUGUUUGUGGGAGAUGCACUAAAGCAUGAUUUCCCUCAUUUUGAUCUCUGCAUAACCAACUUGCCAUAUCAGAUUAGUAGCCCCUUUAUGUUUAAGCUUCUGAAGUACAACUUCAAGUGUGCAUACAUAAUGUUCCAAAGGGAGUUUUCUGACAGGCUUGUGGCAAGGCCUGGAAACCCUGAAUAUUGUAGACUAUCUGUUGGUGCACAGAUGCUUGCACAGAUAGAUCAUGUCCUUAAGGUCUCAAAAAACAGCUUUGUGCCACCUCCAAAAGUCGAGUCGAGCUUUGUAAGAAUUGAGCCUCGAAUACCAAGGCCACCAAUAGACUUUGAAGAGUUCGAUAGGUUCCUGAAGAUAUGCUUUCUUAGAAAAAAUAAAACACUCAGGGCAAAUUUCAAGAACUCAUCUCUGGUCAAUAAGAUAAAGGCCGACCCUGUAUUUGAAAAUACCACCCCCGAAGAUGUGUUCGAAAGGGUCUUGUCAAAAGCCGAUCUUGAUGGGGCAAGGGCAGCAAAGAUGGACCUUGAUGAUUUCCUUGCUCUAUUGUUAGAGUUCAAGAAGAUAAACAUUCACUUCUGA